AAAUACGGUUUGCCUCAAGACCUGAGUGAUAGUGAUUUGCAGCUUAAGCUCAAAGACUUGAAACUCAAUGUCAAAGAGGAGAUCCGCAAAGAGCUUAAGAUCAAAGAGGGCGCCGAAAACCUGCGCCGAGUGACCACUGAUAAGAAAUCGCUGUCUAAUGUCAACUCAAUCGUCAAAAAGUCCAAUAAUAAGCUCCAAGAGCUUCAGGAAGACCUCCAGGAGCUUAACGCCCACAUUGUGGUCAACCACAGCGGCGGCUAUCACUCGAUCGGCACCAACGAUGCCGGCGACCCGACCUCCGAUCGCGAAGAGUUUGACACCACUGGCGGUGACAAUCAGAUGGUGUCGGCCAACACUCAACGACUGCUAUCGUUGGAGAAACAGUUGGACAUUGAGAUGAAGGUGAAGAACGGGGCCGAGAAUAUGAUCCAAAUGUACAGCGGAUCGCAGGUGAAGGACAGUCGACUCAAUAAGAAACUGUUAGCCGAAGCCCAGCAGAUGUUGGCGGACGCGAAGGCCAAGAUUGAGUACAUCCGGAUGAUGAUCAUGAAAGUUAAACAGAAAGAGUUUAACGACAAUCACGACAACAACGGCCAGUCGGCGGCCAUCACGACGGGUGGCAACGACUCGUACGGCGCGAAACUGCCUGAGAUUAUGUCACCGCUGGAGUUGCGUACGGAAGAGCUCCGGCAUCGGCUGAAAGUCGAGUGCGCGGUCGUCGACGGCGCCAAAAAUGUUAUUAAAUUACUUCAGAGCUCUAAAGUGACCGACAAGAAGGCUCUACAGGAGGCCCAGUCCUCGCUGUUUGAGUCGAGCCAAAAGGUGGACGUAUUGCGUAAAGCGUUGGACAUGUGUCGGCAACAGUUGCCGCCGGGUUCGCCCAAAUCGGCCGCUCUUAAGCUGGAACUGGAGAGCAGCCAAUGCGUGAAUCCGACCAUCUAUUCGCCGACCAUUGCCUACAGCACUGGCGGUCGACACUCCGUUCAAAGUACUACUCCGACCACUAUAUCGAAACCGGCGGCCGUCACCGGCAAACUCGAAGUGCGGCUCAUCGGGUGUCAGGGGCUGCUGGAGGACGUGCCCGGGCGGUCGCGGACCAACUCAGUGUCGGGCGAUAGUCUGCGAAGUGUGUUGCGGUCGUCGAAACUCGGGCGCACGUCUUCGCGCUCCUACUCUAUCAAAGACGAGAUCUCUAACGAAAUAAUGGCUGUCCUUAAGUUGGAUAACGUGAGCGCCGGUCAGACAACGUGGAAGCCGUCGGCGCAGAAGGCGUGGGACCAGCGGUUCAGCUUAGAUCUCGACCGAUCGCGCGAACUCGAGAUCCAAAUCUUAUGGCACGACUGGCGCUCUCUUUGCGCCCUAAAGUUCUUGCGUUUGGAAGAGUUCAUUGACGACAAUCGGCACGGAAUAGCUCUGCAUUUGGAACCUCAGGGCAUACUAUUCGCCGAAAUAAAGUUCGUUAAUCCCAUGAUAUCUCGCAAACCGAAACUCCAGCGCCAGAAGCUGUUCCGCCAUAAGGGCAAGAACUUCCUGCGACCCAAUCAGAUGAAUAUCAAUGUCGCCACUUGGGGUCGACUCAUGAAACGCUCCCUCCCUCAGGCCUCGUCCGACCAGAACAUCGCCUCUCCUCCGCCC